UAAAGGGAGCUGUUUUUCAAACCCCAUCACAUAUUUAUGAUGGUCCCCACAGCUACAAAUAGAUGACUACAGCUACGCGUGCUCGUUGCUCAAGUCUGUACCUUUAAAUCUCGUGACACGGGUAACCCGGAAGUGAAAGUGCAGACUGGUUAUCUGUGUUGUUUUGGAAUCGGGAAGGAAAGGCAGACACGAUGGACACGCGAUUCACCCGCGGGAAGUCGGCGAUCCUGGAGCGCUCUCUGACGCGGCCCAAGACGGAGGUGAGCCUGAGCACCUUCGCCCUGCUCUUCUCAGAGAUGGUGCAGUACUGCCAGAACCGCGUCUACUCCGUGUCCGAGCUGCAGGCCAAGCUGUCCGAGCUGGGGCAGCAGGUGGGGGCGCGCAUCCUCGACGUGCUGAUGCUGCGGGAGAAGAACGGAAAGAGAGAGACCAAGGUCAUCAACAUCCUGCUCUUCAUCAAGGUGAAUGUGUGGAAGGCUCUGUUCGGGAAGGAAGCCGACAAGCUGGAGCAGGCGAACGAUGACGACAAGACCUAUUACAUCAUCGAGAAGGAGCCCCUGAUCAACACGUACAUCUCGGUGCCCAAGGAGAACAGCACCCUGAACUGUGCCUCCUUCACCGCGGGCAUCGUGGAGGCCAUCCUCACCUACAGCGGCUUCCCUGCCAAGGUCACCGCGCACUGGCACAAAGGCACCACCCUCAUGAUCAAGUUCGACGAGGCUGUGAUCGCCAGGGACAAGGCGCUCGACGGCCGCUAAAGGCUGGGGGGGGGAC